CAGUGUUUGGUCCGGUCCAAUUUGAAAAUCAAAUGCCCAAAUCUGGAAUAACCUAAUCGAUCGUGUACCAAUUCAUGAGCACCCCCCAAUUCAUCCGAUCCAGCAAUUCUCUCUACCGCUCAUCUCUCAGCAAGACGGUCGGAAGCUAUAUUGCUCUCUCCGUUUCCAGCCCCUCUUUCCCUUAGGUCGGUCGCCGUCUACACCACGCCGUUGGUCAAGUAUCCCGAGGUAAGAAGACACCAAUGCCUCCGAAGUCAAAGAAGCUGCAAGCAGGCCCCGGAAUGAACAGAAAGUCUCGUCUCACACGAGCUGCAAACAAAGCCCAGCCCAAGCCCCAUGAUGAACCGUUGAAGGCGGACCAGGUAAAAGAAGUGGAUGACAAAACCACUGUGGAUCUCAAAGAGGAUGCCAUGGUCGAGGAAAAAGGUAAUGCUAGUGAGCAGCAGUUAUCUCCUGCUAGGACUGAAGAUGAGCCAGAGGAGGAACAUGAAUCUGAGGCAAAAAGAUGCCCCCCUACUAAGAAGGAGUUGGAACCGAAAGAGUCGGUUGAAGAGUAUGAAAAAUGUGAAAGGUUAGACUUGGAGGAUAAUGAUCCUGAAUAUGAAACUGAAGAGUAUGUUGGUGCUGAUUAUGAUGAGAGAGGAAGUGAGCAAGAAGAUGAACAAGAUGAGGGAGAUGAGAUAGAAGAUAACGAGGAGGACUUUAUUUGUGGCGAAGAGGGUGAAGGUGAUAUGGUUGAAGAGGUGGAGGAGGUUGAAGAUGUCAAUGAGGACCUUGAGGUAGAAGAAGGUGAUGAACAAGAAAAUGAAGAACAUGCUGAGAUGGUUAAUGCAGCCGAAGAGGAAGAACACCACAAAGUGGUUAAAGAAAGACGCAAGCGUAAGGAGUUUGAAAUUUUUAUAGGUGGCUUAGACAAGGAUGCUACUGAAGAUGAUCUGAAGAAGGUCUUUAGUCCAGUUGGUGAAAUCACUGAAGUGAGGCUUAUGAUGAACUCUCAGACCAAGAAGAAUAAGGGAUUUGCUUUUCUGAGAUUUGCAACUGUAGAACAAGCCAAGCGUGCUUGUGUAGAGCUAAAAAAUCCUGUGGUUAAUGGAAAAAAGUGCGGUGUUACUCCAAGUCAAGACAGUGAUACUCUGUUUUUAGGCAACAUAUGCAAGACAUGAACAAAGGAAGCUUUGAAUGAGAAGUUGAAGCACUAUGGCGUUGAGAAUAUUGAUGACUUGACACUAGUGGAGGACACAAAUAUCGUAGGAACAAAUCGCGGCUUUGCGUUCUUGGAAUUCUCUUCUCGUUCAGAUGCUAAUAUGCUAUGGAUGCUUUUAAGCGUCUUCAGAAGAGAAAUGUUGUCUUUGGAGUUGACAGACCUGCCAAGGUUUUCUUCGCAGAUUCAUUCAUUGAUCCAGGCGAUGAAAUAAUGGCUCAGGUUAAAACGGUCUUUAUAGAUGGUCUUCCAUCCCAUUGGGACGAGGCCCAUGUUACUGAACUUCUAAAAAAAUAUGGGAAGAUAGAAAAGAUUGAGCUUGCUCGUAAUAUGCCAUCUGCCAAGAGAAAGGAUUUUGGAUUUGUGACAUUUGAUUCACAUGAUGAUGCUGUUACUUGUGCUAAAUGCAUCAAUAAUGCUAUGCUGGGUGAAGGAGACAGUAAGGUCAAAGUUCGGGCCAGAUUAUCAAGACCCCUUUCAAGGGGCAGGGGAAAAUAUGGUUCUCGAGGAGAUGUGGUGAGGCCUCGGCGCAGGCCAGUACGAGUGCCCAGGGCUCCGUGGGGACGCUCGUUGCCCCUUAAUGUCCCCACUCGUGCAUCAAGAGUUGGUACACGUGGACCGCCUUUGGUUGAUCGCAAUUAUAAAAGAUCUGCUGGUUAUAGAGAUAGAAGACCAGCCAUUGCUGUCCCUCCUAAGAGCAGACCUGUUGCUCAUGUGCCUAGCAGGUCAUAUGAGAGAAGGCCGCCUGCUCAUGCAUAUACAAGAAGUAGUACGAAGAGAGAUUAUGGAAGCAGAGCUGCAAUAGACUAUGCUCCUAGAGUGCAUUCUGACAGGCGUUCAUCCUAUAGAGACGAGUAUGCUCCCCAUGGAUCUGGCUAUAAUGAUUUUCCAGGAGGAACAUCUAGGACUGGCGUACGGAGAGCAUAUGUUGAUGAUGGCUAUGAGCAGAGGUUUGAAAGACCCCCUCCAGUGUACCGUGAAAGCCGUGCUCGGGAAUAUGAUUCUAUAUCUGGCUCUAAACGUUCAUAUACUGCAAUGCAAGAUGAUGUUCCUCCUCCUCGAUAUGUUGAGGCAGGAGUUCGCCGUUCUCGUGCACGAUUGGACUAUGAGUAUGCAGGACGCAGUGCUUCUCAAUAUGGUGGUUCCUAUGGCGACAGACCUGGAAGGCCUCCUAUUGGAUAUGGGGGCAGAAGUUCUAUGUCUAGUCAAGAUUCUCAUGGACUUUAUAGUGGUCGUCAGGGUAUGGGGUAUGACAGAGGAUCCUAUAGUGGUAGUGAUGUGGGUGGAAUGUAUGCUUCAGGCUAUGGUGGUGAUUAUAUGCCUCAUGGCAGUGAUAUGGGUGGCAGCUCUUACUCGUCACUUUAUUCUAACCGUGAAAUGGGGGGUGGAAGCUAUAUGGGCGGUAGCAGUUCAAGAUCUUAUUAUUGAGAUCUGAAAGGGCAAAGAGGCUGCAUGGAGUGCACUAUUUAGUUGAAGGAUUCUCCGUUAUGGAUUGGAAGUAUUACAUCUAGCAUGCUGAGCCUUGUAUGUGGUUUGGUGACAUGCAUGAUAGAACACCGGGUCUUAUUUAUGGAGACGUCACCAGGAGAUUGGUAGUUCAAUUGUACUGAGAUUUGGAUGCUUCGUAAAUUUCUGCUUUUAGGGAACUUACAGAAUUUCAAAGUCGUGACUGCUACAUAUCCAGUAUUUGUUGUUAAUUUUCUUUUUAUCUAAACUUUUGGCAUCUCCAUGAAAGAGCUUGUUUGAAAUAAUAGUAAAUGUGGAGUGGUGUUGAAGUGCCAACGGAUGCCUCGUAAAUUUCUGCUUUUAGGGAACUUGCAGAAUUUCAAAGACGUGACUGCUACAUAUCCAGUAUUUGUCGUUAAUUUUCUUUUUGUAUGAACUUUUGGCAUCUCCAUGAAAGAGUUUGUUUGAAAUAAAAGUAAAAGUGGAGUGGUGUUGAAGUGCCAAUGUUGUCUUUUACCUCUCAAGACUAUUGGACGAAUGGUGUAUCAUGUAUCCAUUUAAAUAUCCGUACGAUAUUUCUCAAUGCUUUGUACUGAAAAUUUAUGGAUUGCAAGGACAACCAGUCAAAGAGAAUGCAAAAGAAGAGACAUGGAAAUCUUUUUAUUGGUUAUGAAAUGUGGAUUGACAGGGACUUCUGAGAGUGAAUUGGGUUAUGGUCUCCACUUUUAGACUUUUAGUGAAAAGCAUAUUUUUUGUUGAAGAGAGAUGGGGCAUCAAUUGCAUCUCUCGGUGUUAUCAAACUGCUUUAGCUUUUAUGAACAUUGAUGUUUUGUGCAUUUUAGGAAGAAUGAGGCUAGACAACCUGUUGGGCUAAAGGAUGAUGUCUUUCUAUGUAAUUUGCUCACUUACGCGCAACUCAAAAAGACCAGUGCUCGGGAUAGCAGCCAGGACACCUUUCAAAUUUGCUUUAAGAAAUAGGCUAGUGGAAUUUCCGGUUUUCAUAGGACACCUUUCAAAUUUGCUUUUCAUUAUUCAGAUUAGUUUGAGCUUAGAGUGCAAAAAAUAGGUCCAUGUAUUAUAUUCUUAUGCUAAUUGGACUGAAAAACAAAAGAAUGCUCUAAUAUUUGCGAAGGUGGGAAAAGGCUAGUUCCGGUUUGGGGAGGCCCUGCAUGUACCAGCAUUUUGGUACUUACCAACUCAAAUAGACAAAUAUGCAUAGUUACAUGCCUUGAAAGUCUCAACACAGAGACCACUCAUCACAUCCAAAUACACCAGUCUAGAAAAUCUUCACCAUCCACCUCUAUUACUUUAUUUCAAAAAUGCCCCUCGAGUACCGCUCCUUCAGUUGAACUGCUUUUAUGUUUGACUUUUAGUUCCAUAUAUGAUGGUUUCCCAUCCAAAAUUGUCUUCAUCAAGGGCAUCCGUAGGAGUAAUGCUCUAGGGGACAACAAAUAUAGGCUUGUCAUUCAUCAUCCAAUGAAUGCGUGCAAGUUUUCCUAGAAUGUCUACAUUAAUGUUCUCCUUUACCAUUUUUCCAUCACUAAGGCUGGGUUUAGUUGGGGAUUUCGGGAGGUAGGGAAAGAAAUUAGGGGAUUGAUGUUUGUUUGGUUGGAAGAAAUAGAGAUAAAGAGGGGAAGACUUCUAAAACUUCCUAGUGUCCCUCAUUUCAAAGCCCCGAAAUAACCCGAAAUUGGGGUAUUCAGAGAAUCAGAGGCAAUGAGAAUUACGGAAGAUUGGAUACAUGAGUGGACAAAAAGAGCCUUCUAUUCAGAACUCUCAAAAUAUAAGCAGCUCAAUCUCUUCUCUUGCGUCUCACACUCUCACUCCUCUUAUGCCUUUUAACGCUUAUAAUGGCUAUUAUUACUUACUAUAAAAUACCCCAUUAAUAAUUAAAACUGAAAUUGUUUCAUAAUUUAAAUAUGAUUACUUCUUUUGCACAUGUAAUCAGUGAUUCAGUUGUUUGAAAUAAUUCAAAAUUGGUUAUUGUCAAUACUUUUAACCUCUAUGUAUAAUCAAAGUAAUAUUAUAUUUUCUAUAUUUAUAAGAAGAAUUUUUAAUAAAAAAAUUCAAUAAAAUAUAAAUAAUUAGUCAUAGGGCUGUCAAGUAUUUCGUUUAAUUUUCAAUAUUAUGAUUUAUGAACUCAGUUAAUAAUACUUCAUUCUCUUUUAGUUCCAAUGUUCCACUUUUCAAGUUUGCCAACGCACAAUUUCAUAUUAGUUAAAAAUAAAAAAAAUUCAUAUUUUGAAAAGUUAAAAAAAAAGGAAUUUAACAAUAUUUUGUUAAAAAUAAUUCAUAAUAUAUUACUCUCUCUGUCCCGAAUUAUAAAAUACUUUUCGGUUUACGAUUUUUGACCAACGAUAAAGCAAACGGAUCCUUGUUUGCACCCAAAUUAUUUUUUGAAAAAAGAAAUUACAUAUUCAGAAACUAUAUUAAACCUGCUACAAAACCUGCAAAAAAUAAUUCAAAUUUCAUAAAUUUUUGAUAUAUAAAAUAAGAGAUUAAGAGUGAUUUGUGUUGACCAAGUGAAUAGUAAAGAUAUCUUAUAAAACGGGACUGAGGGAGUAAUAAAUAGAAUAUAGUCAGGGGCAAUUAAAAAGAACGGAGAAAGUAUUUGGAUUCAUCACAUUUAUCCAGCUUUGCAAAACAAGUUAUAAAACAAGGGCGAAUUAGGAAAUUUCUUUUAAACUUUCCUCCCCUUUCCUCCCACCACACAUAAAUGUUUAUCAAAAUCAUUCUAUCUCCUUCCCUCCCCUAUCCUCCUUGGCUCUCCCCUUCCCUCCCCUCCUUUGAACCAAACAAUGGCUUAAUGUUUUUGGCUGUCCAGUUUUUCCACCAAGCCUCUCAUCUGAUAGGUAGUCAUCUUUUAGCUCUCUAUUAGGGUGUAGAAACUUUAAAUAGACUAACUCAUACUUAUGUUAUCUAAUCAGUGAGCUGAGAACACAGUGAGUACUUGCUCUCGGGUUAACACCCAGUUGAAUAGGUUACCUACUCGAUCUGAUCCAAUAUUCAGAAUGGUAUGAGUUUAUCACCAAGUACUGGUUGGUAGCGUUAUCAAGAAUUUAUUAGUACCGGAUAGCAUUGUCAUGAUUUCUAUGCCAGAAGCCUUGCAGAUUACGAAAAUUCAUGGGUGAUGAUAUAUGUGUCUUGAGUAGUGAUGAGUUUUGGUUGAAUAUGCAAAGAUAUCAGGGUUUCUUUCCAUGCGAUUCAACUUUGUGUAUAUUUGAGAUAUGCUAUUGCUUUGUUAUCAAUACUGCAUGUUUUUUGAACCCCUAAAGACAGCUUUGUGAGGUAAAGCAGGUCAAGACAGGGAAGGAUACAGUUUUUUUUAUUACUUUUACAGUCUGUAUGUUUUAGAGUUGGUCUUUUAGUGCAAUUUAUAUUUAUUACGUAGUAAGUAGUUAGUUUUGAAAGUGUCGAAUUGGAUUUCUGUACGUGAAUUAUGAUUUAUGAACUGUGAUAUUGAUCGAGCUGAGUUUUGGAA